AUGUCGUCGCCGCUGCGCAACGGAGAGCAGGCGGCGGCGGGGCGGAGGAAGGCGGCUGGACGGAUGGGCACGCUCCUGCUGCUGCUCCGGGUGUUUGCGCUGUGCUUCAGCCUGGCGGCGGCGGUGUUCGCGGCGAUGGACGGCGCCGUGCUGCGGCUGGCGCCGUUCCGGUUCCUGCUCGCGGCGAACGCGAUCGUGGCGGUGUACUCGGCGUUCGAGGUCGCCGCGGCGGCGUGGGAGGUGUGCAAGGGCGCCACGCUGCUCCCGGAGGCCAUGCAGCUCUGGUUCGACUUCGGCCACGACCAGGGUUUUGGGUACAUGGCGCUGGCCGCGGCGGCGACGGCGGCGAGGGAUGCGGCGGCGUGCGGCGGAGGGAACAUCAGCAGCGCGGCGUGCCUGCAGGCCGACGUCGCCGUGGGGCUCGGGUUCGCGGCGUUCGUGUUCCUGGCGCUGGCCGCGCUCGCGACGGGGUUCCGGCUCGUCCGCUUCAUGGCCACCGGGUCCCGGCUCCCGGGCUCCUCCUCCGCGCCGUCGUCCACCUCCCCGUAUUGA